AUGGCCACCCAUACUUUCCUCGGGAUCCCCCCUGAGCUCCGUCUCGCUAUAUACGACGCCUAUCUCGCCGAACACCAGCGCGUGAGGCAGAACCGUCAGCCAACUAACGAGCACAUCAGGGUCCUGCACACCUGCACCCAGAUAGACCGUGAAGCGAGACCCCUGUUCCGCCGGUACAUUUCCCUGAGACAUGAACGGCAGAUCAAUGCGUUCAUCCUGCGCGCCGACGACGCCCAUGCAGGUGCAGUCCUCUGGGCAGAUGUCGCAAACGAUGGCCGUGUGCUCGUCGACGCUGCAGCCAGGGGGUCAAGCAAGUCCGUCAAGACGGCACCUCUUUCUCACCUUUAUGCUGCCCUUCGCCGCAUGAUAUCGCUGAAGCGCCUCCGCGUCUUUCAAUGUCGUCAGGGGGUACCUGUCAACAGACCCUUGACUCACGUUGCGAUGCAAUUCGAGGUUGCCAUGUACCCAGACGGCGGUCAGCCUCACCUUUCUGCAUACGAGCUGCAUCUGGACGCAGAGACAAGGGUCUCACCGUUCGAGGUUAUUUCCCCCAGGGACGUCGAGCAGCUACGUCUGUCCGGCAACUGCCAGAUGCCCACCUUCCCACCUACACCAGCACUUCGUAACGUGGUCCUCCACGGCAUCACCGGGAACGCCUUCGACAACAACGCCAUCGAUAAAUGUUUCUCGCAAUCCCGGCUCGAGUCAUUCUCGUACGGGAUGGGCGAUAAGCUUGGGUUUGAGCUUCGCGAUCGCCAUAUCCAGUCUCUUGUCUCCCUCUCUGGGGCUCGUCUGCGGCGGUUGGUUCUACUUGAAUGUAACCGCCUCAGCAGCAAGGCCCUCGCAGAGUGCCUCGACGGUCUACCGCACCUCGAAUAUUUUGCGCUCCACAUAAUAACGGUGGAGGAGCUGCGGUCUAAUUUCGUGCUGUCACUGGCACCUUCGGUACAAGUUUUGAAACUGCACGUUAUAAAUGCCUGGUACGCAGUGCCACUUCUGGCGGAGGAACGCGGCCUCUGCGAUGCUGUGGAGAAUGCUAUUCUAGAUCGCACGGUCGCACCUGUGGAAGUCUCGGUACAUUUCCGUGAAUUGCUGAUGAAGGAGGACGGGAGACAAGCUCGGUGGCAGGAGAUUGCUACCCAACGACAAAUACAAUUAUCUUUCGGUCGUUGGGAAGACCGUGAACAGUUAGAAUUGUAA